CGGCUUUCACGUGGCUCUGGCAAGCGCCGAGCCGCCGCACCGUCAGUCUGGUGCUGCAACACCACGAGAACAGCAUGGCUGUGAGGAUGGAACCCGCAGAUGUGAUCCGCCUAAUUAUGCAGUACCUCAAGGAGAACAACCUCUACCGAACACUGACCACAUUACAGGAGGAAACCACUGUUUCACUCAACACAGUGGAAAGUAUAGACAGUUUCAUUGCAGAUAUUAACAGCGGCCACUGGGACUCCGUCCUGCUGGCUAUCGAGUCCCUUAAGUUGCCUGACAACACACUUAUCGACCUUUACGAGCAGGUUGUAAUGGAGCUCAUUGAAAUGAGGGAGGUGGGCGCAGCUCGCUCGCUCCUCAAACAGACUGACCCAAUGAUCAUGCUGAAGCAGACUCAGCCAGAGAGGUACAUGCACUUGGAGAACCUGCUAAUGUGCUCCUACUUUGACCCCCGUGAGGCAUACACGAAAGGCAGCAGCAAGGAGAAGCGGCGCAGGGCAAUAGCUGAGGCCCUGGUGAGGGAGGUCAGUGUGGUGCCUCCUUCUCGCCUCAUGGGUCUCCUGGAACAAGUUAGUUCAAUGAGACUACAGCAGUAUCCAGGUCAUCUCACCACUGACAUGACCAUUGACAUGCCUGGCAACAAGGAAAAACGUGUGGAGAAGGAGAGCUUUCCAACGCAGCUGUACCGCCACAUCAAGUUUGGACGACGGUCACGUGUGGAAUGUGCACGUUUCUCUCCCGAUGGAAAGUAUUUAGUCACUGGAUCAGUGGAUGGGUUCAUUGAGGUCUGGAACUUCAAUACUGGAAAAAUUAGUAAGGAUUUAAAGUAUCAGGCCCAAGACAGCUUCAUGAUGAUGGAUGAUGCUGUGCUGUGUAUGUGCUUCAGUAAGGACACUGAUCUACUGACAACUGGAGCUCAGAAUGGCAAAAUAAAGGUGUGGAAGAUCCAGAGUGGCUUGUGCCUGCGCAGGUUUGAGAAUGCUCACAACAAAGGUGUGACUUGUUUGAGCUUCUCCAAGGACAACAACCAGAUCCUCAGUGCCUCCUUUGACCAGACCAUCAGAAUCCAUGAACUGCGGUCAGGAAAGACACUGAUGGAGUUAAAUGGCCAUUCUUCAUUUGUAAAUGAUGCAGCUUUCACUGAAGAUGGAUCUCACAUCAUCAGCGCCUCAUCUGAUGGAACUGUUAAGAUAUGGAACACAAAGACUUGUGAAUGCAUUCACACUUCCAAACCUAUGUACCGGGUAUCAGAGGUCCCUGUCAACAGUGUGAUCCCUCUGCCCCAAAAUCCCGAGCAGUUUGUGGUUUGCAACCAUUCCAACACAGUGGUCAUCAUGAGCGUGCAUGGCCAGACUGUGAAGACCCUCAGUUCAGAUAGAAAGGAAGGAGCAGAUUUUGUGUGUUGCACCCUGUCACCCCGCGGGGAGUGGAUUUACUGUGUGGGAGAGGACUUGGUGCUGUACUGUUUCAACGCUUUGACAGGAAGGCUGGAGAAAACCCUGACUGUUCAUGAAAAAGAUGUAAUUGGCAUCGCUCACCACCCACAUGAGAAUCUGAUUGCCACAUACUGCGAAGAUGGCCUCCUAAGGCUAUGGAAACCUUAAACUGUUCCCUGCAUCCUAAUGUGGAGGACCUAAAGAGCCAUACACACGGUUAUAGAGCAAAUCAUUUGUUUCUAUUUAAUAAUGCAAUAAGAAAAAUGAAUUAAUAAAAUUAUGGUGGAACAGUGAUUAGUGCUGUUGUCUCAUAGCCAGAAGGUUCCAGGUUCAAGUCCAAGCUAACCUGGGGCCUGUCUGUGCAGAGUUUGCAUGUUUUCCCUGUGCCUGUCUAGGUUCUCUCUGGGUACUCUUUCCUUUCUUCCUCUCACAGUCCAAAGACAUGCAGAUUAGGUUGACUGGCAACUCUAAAUUGCCUGAUUGAGUGUGGGUAUGUAUGGGUCUGUUUCUAAGUGUCAUUUCCUGUGAUAGACUGGGGACCUGUCCAGGGUGUAUCUCCCCCCAUGACCCUUGUUAGGAUAAGCAGUGUAGAUAAUGGAUGGAUUAAUAAAAUUGAUAUAUUAGUACUUUAUACUUUACAAAUGGAUAUAUUGGACCAUAAAUAAAUUAUGAACCAGGACAGUUUAGUAGCUGUUCUGAAGCUUUUCUUUUUGACCAAUAUCACCAGAAAAAAAUUUGUUGUAAUUAAGGCAACAUUUUGUCAUUGUUUUAAAAUUUUCAUUCAUUAAUACUGACAAACAUCAUAUUUUGACUCUGGGAGGGGUGGCACCAGGGGCAGCCAAUCAGUUGCCACCCCUGGGCCCCCUGGGCCCCCUUGGCCACCCCCUUAGCUCUGGUCAUGUAUCACAUGCUCUUCCUCAGUAGAUGAAUUUAUCAUGAACUUGUAGGUGCUAAAAUUUCCUGUUUUUAAGAAGUUUUUAAAAACGUUUUAUGAAAUUAAAAUGUUAUUUGCACAGUGGAUUGGACAGCAGUCGAAGGCAGGGGCCCCGAUGACCCG